AUGGAUAGAGAUAUGGUACCUCACAGCGUUCCCUGGAUGGAACCCCAACCGGAAGAUGAACACUUAGCAAUAGAAACAUGGACAAGAACCAACAACAACGUUGGUGACCCCAAAAAUGAUAACAUUACCGGCAUGGGUAUGCUGGAUGGUGACUGGUACAUGAACUCAGAUAUGAACCCACAUCACCAUGAGCUUCACCAAACCACAAGAGACAUUGGUUUCUCUUCAGACCCAAAUGAUGGUUUUCUGAUUCAGCAACCUUUGGAUUCACCUUCUUGUGCACCUUCCUCCUUCACUCUCGACCCAUCAUCACAGACACAUUCUUCACAACCCUUUUUACCACCGCCCAAGUCUUGCUUCUCUUCUUUCUUCGGUGUUAAUGGCAUCAACCCUUUUCACAAUGGCUUCGACUUGGGUUCCCACAGUGGUUUCCUCGCUCCUUUUCAAGGGAACCAUGCUUCCAAUUCCCCUGUUUUGAUGGGUUUCUCGCCCCAAAUGGGCACCCUCGAGCUGAGUUCGAAUAACGAGUUUCCGGUGACUCGUGGGGUCGAACUCAGUUGCGGGUUUGCCCCAAUGGGUGUUGAAGAACAACAACAAGAACAAGCUUUUGAUGGUUCUGGUUCUUCAAAUGCACUCUUUUCGGACAAGGCCAAUGUUUUGAGGUCUAUUGAGGGUCUUCCUCCGGCGGCUGCUCCACCCACUUUGUUUCAAAAGCGGGCGGCGCUCCGGCAAGGUUCCUCCGUGGAUAAGUUGGGAGAGUUGGAGGUUUCGGCGACCCGGUUCGCGGGUUGUUGGACGGGGUUGGAGGACUUGGAGGGGAAGGGGAAGAAAGCAGAAGAGGGGGAACUUGAGGAAGGGUUGAAUUAUGACUCUGAUGAGGUUGUCGAGAUUGGAAAGUUGGACGAGAAUGGGAGUAAUGUGGGCAACGAUUUUAAUGCCAAUAACAAUAGUAAUAAUGGUGUCACUAUUGGAGACCAGAAGGGGAAGAAGAAGGGGAUGCCAGCUAAGAAUCUCAUGGCUGAGAGGCGGCGUAGGAAGAAACUCAAUGAUAGGUUGUACAUGCUUAGGUCUGUUGUGCCAAAGAUUAGCAAGAUGGAUAGGGCUUCAAUACUUGGGGAUGCAAUUGACUACUUGAAGGAGUUACUACAGCGAAUUAAUGAUCUUCAUAAUGAGCUAGAAUCGACCCCACCUGGCUCAUCGCUGCCACCUUCCACAAGCUUUCACCCUAUGACACCCACUCCAUUAACCCUUCCAUGUCGGGUGAAGGAAGAACUAUGUCCUAGCUCUGCGCAAAGCCCUAAAAACCAAUCAGCGAAGGUGGAGGUUAAGGUAAGGGAAGGAAGAGCUGUCAAUAUCCAUAUGUUUUGUGCCCGCAGACCAGGUCUUUUACUUUCCACCACGAGGGCAUUGGAUAACCUCGGAUUGGACGUCCAGCAAGCUGUUAUCAGCUGUUUCAAUGGUUUCGCGUUAGAUGUUUUCAGAGCUGAGCAAUGCAAAGAAGGGCAGGAUGUACCCCCUGAGCAAAUUAAAGCAGUACUGUUGGAUAUAGCUGGUUACCAUGGUAUGAUGUGAGUGAAGUUCUUGACAAAUGCUACCCUUAUAGAGGCACUAAUUGUAGUUGCUGUAGCAUGCAGUUUGUAAAUGCCAUUGCUUCUUAUUCUCUACUUAUUAAGCUGAGUCCAGGCCAAGAUCAAAUUUUACUAAUAUCUGCGU